CUCAAACAGACAUAAGCGGCAAGCAACAGACUUUUGAAAAAACACCUUUUGCUGCAGUUACAGCCGUGCAGACCUCAGGCAUUCUAGCUGUCCGUUUUUCAAGCUGUUCAACAUGAUUAACUUGGAUUAGCAUCCAUGCCAGGAGAUUGAUGCAGAGGAUCGACAGUUGCAGCACCGUCUCUUUCUGAUGCUGCAAGGCGUGCCCCAUGUGAUACUGACGAGAGGAGGAGGUGGGGGUGUCCUAAAAGAGUUUGCUGGUCCUCUCACUUCAUCACUCCAGAUCCAGGCUACCCCGGGGCGGAGCUGCACUGUACAGAGCUCGUCAUUUUGGACGCUGUUGGGAGUCUCGCUUGCAGUAGUCGUCUUACCUUGACGCGGAGGGUUGUGAUAAUUUUUUUUUUUGGGAAGCAGAGGUCGUGUCUUUAAGAUUGUUCGCUAUGGGAGCAGCAGAGAGUUCAGUGCAGCGGGAAGGGAAGAGCCAGGAGGAUGCCUCAGCUUCAGCCUCCGCCGGGGAGCUGAGCCCGGAGGUGAACGUGCUCCAGGAGGCGAGCAGCGUCAUCGACAGCAAGCCCUUGCAGAAAAACGGUCAGAUCUCCAGCCUGAGCAGCCUCAACGGACCUUCAGAAGACAACACGCUGGCAGAAGUUGGCCAGCCAGAUGGUGUGUCCGUGGCUCAGAAAGAAGAGGCCCCUGAGACUAUGGACGUCCAGGAUGAAGUGACUCCUCAAGUAAAUGGCGAGAAAGUGGAGAAGGAAACCCCUGAUGCUAACGACAUUUCUGCUGUUGAGGAGAAAGCAGCAGAGGAGAAACCCGAUGACGCAAAUGAAGUCGGUUUCAAGAAGAUCUUCCGCUUCGUGGGCUUCAAAUUCACACUGAAGAAGGACAAAAGUGAGGAGAAAGACCCUGUGAAGCUGCUGACAGUCAAAGAUAAAGAGGGAGAGGAGGUCAGUGCGACUGAUGAUGCUACAAAGGAGGAGGAGGCUGCCACCGCUGAAGAGAAAAGCACAGCCGAAGAGAAGGAGGAGACAUCCACUGCUGAGACUGAGGUGAUUAAAGAUGGUGACAAAGCUGAAGCUACUGAUGCCCCUGCUGAAGCUGCCCCUGCUGAAGCUACUGAAGAAGCUACAAAGGAGGAAGGAGCUGAGAAGGAAGGAGAGUCAUCUCCACCUGCCCAGGAGAGCACUCUGUCCCCCUUCAGAAAGCUCUUCAGCGGAGGUCUCUUCUCUAACCUGAGGAAGAAGACUAGCAUCAAAAAGACUAAAGAGGAGGAAGAAAAAGAGGCAGCAGCUGAGGAGGAGAAAACAGAAGAGACUGCUGCUGCUGUGGAGGAGAAGGAGGAGGUAGAGGUAGAAACCAAGGAGGAAGCCCCAGCUGCUCCUGAAGAAGAGAAGCCAGAGGCCAAAGAGGAGGCAGCAGUCACUCCAGAGGAAGUGAAAUCAGAGACUACCCCUGAACCAGAGACCACUUCUGAAGCUGCUGCUCCUGAUACUACUGAUGAGGCCAAACAAGAAGAGGAGAAGGCUGAACCCAGCGCAGAAGAGGAGAAGGCACCAGCAGAGGUGACAUCUGAGGCUGAGGUGCUGUCAUCUCAGGAGAAAGCAAAGCCCCAGGGAAGCCCACUGAAGAAGCUUUUCACGGGAGCUGGCCUGAAGAAGCUCUCGACUAAGAAACAGAAGACAAAGAAAGAGACCGAGACUAAGAUCACUGAGUCUGGAGAACAGGCAACUGAGCAGCUUCAGUCCUCCACAGAGUCAGCAGAAGUCCCAAAAGCUGAAAGCGGGCCCUCAUCUCCAGAGGAGUCAGGAGAGCAUGUCAUCGCAGUGGAGGUGACCCAGAUUGAGUCAAGCCAAGAGACUGAAGGUGAAGCCACCUCUGAUGGAGAAAAGAAAAAGGAGGGAAUCAUUGCCUGGUCCUCUUUCAAGAAGCUAGUAACACCCAAGAAGCGUGUCAAAAGGUCCUCUGAGAGCGACGAUGAAGCUACAGCAGAGAAACCAGCAAAGUCAGCCACUCUGUCGUCCUCUGAGAGCGCUCCUUUGGCAGAUAAGAGUGUUGAAGAGGAGACCAAAGAGGAGAAGCCAGCUGAGGAAGAGCCAAAGACUGAGACCACUGAAAAACUGGUCAGCAGCACUGAGGAGCCCAAAAAGAAAAUGGACACCUCCGUUUCCUGGGAAGCCCUUAUGUGUAUGGGUGGACCCAAGAAGAGGACUAGGAAGACCUCUGAUUCUGAUGAUGAGGAGACCAAGAUUGAAGAGGAAAUACCACCAGCAGUAGCUGCAGCAGUUGAUGGGGAGCAGGAAGGCAAAAUUGAGGCUGCUGUUGUGACCUCACAAAGCACAGAGCAUGAAGGAGAAGUUGUGUCCUCCCCUGAGCCUUUAAGCAGUCCUCCUGAGAGAGAGUCCGCCUGGGACACUCUGAAACGCAUGGUUAUGUUAAAGAAUCGCACCAAAUCUGAGGAAAAAACUGAGGAAGGUGCAGAGCAAGUCCAGUCUGACGGUGAAGCACCAAAAGAUGAGUCAUCUUUCUCUCUGAGGAAGUUCUUGCCAGGGCGCAGAAAGAAGAAGGCUGAAAAACAAGCCUCCUCUGACCAGGGCACUGGUGAUGAGGACUCUGACACCCCAGCUGUGGUUCCUCUCUCAGAGUAUGAGGAAUCUGAACAGGAAGUGCAACCAGAGCAGGCUCAAGUCCAGACUAAAGUAUCUGCUGAAGAUCGCGCUCCAUCAUGGAUCCCAGCCAUGAUUGAAGACAUCGAAGACAAACGUGAUGAGCUGAGUGACAUCCCAGAGGAGGUUGAGAAUGCUGCCACACCAAAGUCUGUUGACACUGAAAUCGCUGAGGAUGAAACUGAAGAUGACGCUGCCCUUGCUGCUAAAGCUCCAGCACUUGGAGGGCGCAGAUUGUCCACAGCUGAGGUGAAGCCUAUCACUCAAGCUCCAUCUGCUGAAACUACUCCAGUUCCUCAGGAACCCAAGCCAGAGAAUGCAACCGAGGUGCUGUCGGGCAUUGAGGCCCAAGUUAGUGAAAUCCCUGCGGAGACAGCUGUGACCCUUGAAGAUGUACCAACCGGGGUAGCUUCUGAGAAAACAGAGUAUGAACCAGAAACUGAGAUGGCCGAGUCCAAGACAAGCAACAUCCUGGAGCCACAUGCCAGCGAAGAAGCCAUGGCUAUCUGCACUGGUCUAGGAACCAAGGAGAUUGCUAUAGUAGCUCUGGAAAAACCUGCAGUUACCGUCAUUGAGCCUGUGACUGUGAUCCAUGAUGCUGUAAGUACAGAGUUGUCCAAGGAAGAGAAGCCACAAGUUACAGAAGAAGCUGAUGUUACAGAAGAUGUAGUGCUCAAAGCACAAGUGCACCAAAUAGAAACUACCUUGCUGGAGCCAGCCGUUGAAAAUCUAGCAAGUGAAGUUGCUGAUGUUGAAGCUGCUGAUGUGAGCAUUGAACCUGAGAUUGAAAAGGCUGGAGUUGUCAGUACUGAUUUGGAGGAAUCUGAGGUGGUUCAGCCUGUCAGUGAGAGUGAGAACUCUCCCAAAACAGUUGUUGUCAGCCCUAUAAUACCAACAUCUGAAACAGAAAUUUGCACAGAGAGCGUAACAGUCACUGAGCCAACUAUAGAAAACAAGGAGGUUAAGAUAGACGACACUGAGGUAAAUACCCCUGACACAGUCCAGAAGGUGACUGAAGAGAUAUCUGUUAACAUUGCAGAGGUGACUGAGCCUUCUGUCCUUGAAGCUGCACCAAGUGAGGAGGCUCCUGUAAUCACUGAGACGGUAGUGCUUUCAGCCACACCUGUUGCAGUGGCUGAACAGGCUGAAACAACAGAGCUAGCUGAUGUUAUGCAGGAGACCCCAGAGGAGGCUCCAGUCAAAGAGACUGUGGAAGCAGAGAGAAGUGAAGCCAUUGAAGAGGCCAGCAAGACCACUGAGGAUGUUCCAGAAGACAGUGAAAUCGAAGCUCAGAGCAAGGUCAUUGCUGAGGCCGUCAUCCAAGAAGCCAUGGAUAAAGUUUCAGAAGACACAGCUGAACCCAAAAAGCCUGAAACCGAAACAACCACCAAACCAGAACCAGUCCAAGCUGUUGCAACCACAGAGAAAGAGCUUGAGGUCCCAACAGAGACAGCUGUUGUAACUGAAACACCUGUUGCAGCCAUCUGUGAGAAACCAGCACCACCAAAGUCACCUCAGCCUCUCCAUGUUGCAAUGGAGGUAAUCGACUCGAUCCCAGUCGAGAUAGUCGAAAGCAUUGAUGCUGCAAAAGAGGAAGAAGAGAAGAAACCAGAAGAGGAGUUGAAGCAAGCUGUGGAGGUAAAUGUAAGUGAAGAAACUGUUGUAGUGGAAGAAGUGGUUGAGAUACAAGCAGAGAGUCAGACAAGUGAAGAGGUUGAACAGAUCAAGGAAGAACAGAGCAAAGACGACCCAGAAGUCCAGGAAACAUUGGAGGAAGUGAAACCAGAACCAGAACCAGAGGAGGCAAAGGCUGAGGCCCCAGCAGAGGAGAGCAAAAAGAAAGUGCUUGAAAUCCACAUGCCAGUCCAAGUAGUCCUGCAGGAGGCUCAGAUGAUCGAGGAGCCGGUGGUGGAAGAAGAGGCCGUGGUUGAGUUUGACAGCAAUGGUCCUGUCACCGAAGACUGCAGCGGGAAACCCGAGAGCCAGGCACUUGAAAACAAACUCUCAACGCUGACAGAAGAACCCUCAGUGACAGCUUCAGAGGAGGGUUCAGCUCCCUGUGAAGCUGCAGAAGCAGCAACAAGCCAACCAGAACCUGAGGAAACACCCUCAACACCGUCCGUAAAGUGUGCAGAAGUGAUGGCGCAGGUGAUCGAGGUGAUUGAAGAGGCUGUGAAGGAAAUCGAGCCUGUAUCCACAGAGAUCACAGCAGCAUCAUGAGCAGCUGAAAAUUCAUGACUGAUACCUGGGAGACGCACUGUCUUGACCAGGAAGUGAGUGAUGAGGGAGAGAGAGAGAGAGAGAGAGAGAGAGAGAGAGAGAGAAAGAGGCAGCUCCAUGACAAGACACCGAGACCGGGCCACGCCCAUCUCGCCCUGAUAGACUGAGUGACUGAGCAACAGCUCCACCGUUCUCUCCACCUCCCCCUUCAGCCUGUAGUCCAACUCCAUCCUGCAGCCACGUCAACGCACCGUGACAUCCCACUGACUUUUCCUCACCCUCUCACACACACAUGAACACACACACUCCAAAGCAUGUCCUGUGCCUCAGAAGCAUCCCAUCUGGCUCAGCAUCUCAGUGACUUUGUUUUGCCCUUGCUGCAUAAGUUGAUGAGUGCAACCUGGUCGGGUGUCUGAUCUCUUCAUUUUUGUGUGUGUGUGCGUGCAUGCGUGGGCCUGUAUGUGUAUAGUAGUGAGCGUGAGAUGGCAUCAGAGGCUAAAGAGAUGGAGGAUUAUCUUGUAUAUUAUAUUUAUAUCUUGAGUAUUCUUUCAUUCAUCCUUAAAUUUUUAUUUCUUGGUCCUUUUUUGUUAUUAUAUGUACAUUCAUACUUGCUUUUAAAUCCCAUAUUGAACUGUGACACAUUAGGUAUUCCUCUUAAGCAACAUCAGUUUAAAGGCAGAUGCAGAAAAGAUCCAAAAAUAUUCUACCAAAACUGUUAUGGGGUGGUUAGAUUUAAAUGACUGCUGUAUCACAGCUUUUAUUGUCAAAUUUUAUGUUUAUUUCAAGGCUGUUGUAGCUAAACCAUGGUACAAGUGUGAUUCCACUGGGAGGAAGUGAUAAGAGUUCAGAGAGGAUGCUGAUAUCCACCAGAAAUGUUGUACAUGUGACGCAUUCUCUUGUCUAUACUCUCCAUCAACAAAACACUCAAUAAGCUUUAUGUAGAAGAACAAUCACUGCCUGAUUUACUGUGAAAAAUACGGUUACACAUGAAAUAAUACAAUAAUAACUCCCUCACUUGAACAUGUGACAAAUAGAGCCAAUGUUUGACACUAAGGGUCGACACAAGCAUGUAACAAAGCAAGCUCACAGUGUUUCAGUGCCAUGUUUUCUGUCUAAUAUACAUGAUGUAUUGUAAGUGUAAUGGUGUAAAACCUUUCCUACUACACCAUAAUAUCUUUGCUGAUGAAAACAGUGUGCUGAUGCCAUCUGCUGUCUACAAAAAGUAGUGCAUCCUUUAGUUUCCAGUCCACUGUGUUAAGCAAGGUAGUAUUUUUUUGUUUUUUUUGGUCAGAUCUCUUAAUAUCGUCUUGCUAUGUUGUAUUUGUCACCCAGCAUGUUGGCUCAGGAUCAUUAAUCGGGCACCAGGGAGGACCUAGACUCACUGGUUUGGGGGAUUCACGCAGACCGCAUGGUACCAAACUGGAACAACAGCUCAUUGUAUUCCUGGUUCUAAAGCCAAAUCGAGUUAGGAUCAAUCAGGAGGGAGUCAUGUUUUUUUCCAUUGCUCACAGUAAUGAGACAUCAAUCGGAUCCAAUUAAAUCCCUACAGCUGCUUCUUCUUUGAGAUCAAACCUAAGGCAUUAUUUCAGGGUUUAUUUUGCACUGGCAAGCAGGGAGGUUUUUUUAAACAUCCUUGUGACCCAGUUUCACCACCAAAGCAAACAAGUGAUUUAAGUUAAAAUUAAUUUCCUACCAAAUGUGUCAAACUUUCAUGGUGUCGAUCAUUCAGACAUCAUAAGAAACAACUGUGAGAGCUUCAGUUAUCAUUAUUCCUUCAAACAGCCAACGAGCAGCUACAGAGGCUCACAAACACUCAGCUUUAUGACUCUGCCAGAGCAUUUGUCCUUCAGGUUUGCUUUAUGUAAAAAAUGAUAUUAAAACUGUUGCUCGAUGUUAAGCAUUUACACUCCAGUCCUCCCUGCUUUUUGUAACACACUUAACUGUGAACCUGAUAACAUUUGUACAGAUUGUUUACUUACUGUAUGUACUUAAAAAUCAUAUUGUAAUAUUAACAAAUAACCUGCAGCCAUUUAGCCAUAAUAUUCGUGUAGCAUGGUCUUAGCUGUCUUUUAUAUUUUACAAGCUGUUAAUAGUAAAGAUCCAGAAAACAUGUCUAUAUUUCAUUCAAUAAAGUUAGAGAAAACUG